CGAAAAACAGUUUUGGACAAGCGCUUUAAGAUUUAAAAAAGUGUAAAAAUUUGUGGCUUCGUUUAUGUUAACGCUUUAAUGCAUUAUAGUACAUAAAGAAAAGUUGUUCAUUAUAUAAAGAAAUGACUUCUGUUAAAAUUAAUGAAGAAACUAUGAAAGGCUUCAACAGACGUGGAGCGAUUAGAGAAAAAAAUGUUUUUGAAGUAAAAGAUCAUAAGUUUGUGCCCAAGUUUUUCACAUCUCCUACUUUUUGCGCACACUGCAAAGACUUCAUUUGGGGCAUAGUAGGAAAUAAUGGCUUUCAAUGCAAAGUGUGUAGUUUUGGUGUUCACAAGCGGUGCCAUGAGUAUGUUUCAUUUAAGUGUCCUGGUGCAGAUACUGGACCUGAAUCAGAUGCUCCUCAAAAUCCUCAUAAGUUCAAAGUUCACACAUAUUCUAGUCCUACCUUUUGUGACCAUUGUGGAACACUGUUGUAUGGUUUAUUUCACCAAGGGUUAAAAUGCGGAGCCUGUGACAUGAAUGUUCACAAGCGAUGUGAGAAAUCAGGCUGUAUACCAAAGUUAUGUGGAGCUGAUCACACUGAAAAGCGUGGAAGAAUUCGUUUAAAAAUAAAUUUUUCUCAAAAAGGGGAAGAAGGUGCCUUGACUAUAGACAUUUUUGAAGCCAAAAAUCUUAUUCCGAUGGAUCCAAAUGGUCAAUCUGAUCCUUAUGUAAAAUUAAAGUUGCUACCUGAUACAACACAAAACAAGCAAAAAACAAAGACCAUUCGCAAGUGCUUGAACCCUGUGUGGAACGAAAAAUUUGUUUAUAAAAUCGGACCAAACGAUAAAGACAAAAGAUUAUGUAUUGAAGUAUGGGACUGGGACCUAGCAACAUCAAAUGAUUUUAUGGGAUCUAUGUCAUUUGGAGUUAGUGAGCUAAUGAAAGAUGAAGUUGAUGGUUGGUAUAAACUUUUAAAUGCAGAAGAAGGUGAGUACUACAAUGUUCCCAUUCAAGAUGAUGCUGCAGUUGCUGCUUUAGCUAAAAAGUUUAAGUUUAUGGAUCCAGAGGAGCUUGAUAAACGACAGCAAGUGUUACCUGAACAAAAGGAAAUUAUUACUGAUGAAGUUAAUUCUGCCUUAAAAGAGCAUUGGAAGUUAGAAGAUUUUACAUUCUUAAAAGUUAUUGGAAAAGGAAGUUUUGGAAAGGUUAUGUUAGCUGAAAAGAAAGGUUCAGAUAAAGUUUAUGCCAUUAAAAUUUUAAAGAAAGAUGUUGUUCUCCAAAAUGAUGACCUUGAAUGUGUUUUGACUGAAAAAAGAGUAUUAGCUUUACAAGGAAAACCAACUUUUUUGACAGCUCUUCAUUCAUGUUUUACAACAGUGGAUCGCUUAUAUUUUGUUAUGGAAUUUGUCAACGGAGGAGAUUUAAUGUUUCACAUUCAACAAGUAGGAAAGUUCAAAGAACCUCAAGCUGUGUUUUAUGCAGCUGAAAUAGUUGAGGGGUUAUUAUUUCUGCACAAACGUGGAAUAAUUUAUCGGGAUUUAAAAUUAGACAAUGUAAUGCUUGACCAAAGUGGUCAUAUCAAAAUAGCAGACUUUGGAAUGUGCAAAGAAAACAUAUUUCCUCCAAAAACAACUCGCACAUUUUGUGGUACCCCUGACUACAUUGCGCCAGAGAUUAUUGCAUACCAACCUUACAAUGCUUCUGUCGACUGGUGGGCUCUAGGAGUUUUGAUUUAUGAAAUGUUAGCAGGACAGCCUCCUUUUGAUGGUGAGGAUGAAGACGAGUUAUUCAAUUCUGUUCUGGAACAAACUGUUUCAUUUCCAAGAUCUCUGUCUAAAGAAGCAAUUUCUAUAAUAAAAGGAUUCUUGACAAAAAAUCCAAGUCGCAGGCUGGGAUCUGGUGACACUGGAGAACAAGAUAUUCGUGAUCACGCAUUUUUUAAAUAUAUUGAUUGGAUAAAAUUAUUCAAGAUGGAAGUACAGCCUCCUUUUAAACCUAAAGUUAAAUCUAAACGAUCUCAUGAUAAUUUCGAUACGGAAUUUACGGAUGAAGCGACUCGCUUAACGCCAGUAGAUAGAAAUUUUAUUCAGCAAAUAGAUCAAAGAGCUUUCGAAAAUUUUUCUUUUGUCAACACCAACUUUCCAAUACAAUAAAUCUUUUCAAAGUUUAUACAUGCCGUUAAGUUGCCCAGGCUUUUUUCCUAGAGAUGACCAAUAUGAUAUCUGAAUAUUAAACUCGAAAGUUUCCCUUAAUAGAAAAAAAUACUGAAUUAAAUAGGUAUUUUC